AUGGAGAAAAGAGAAAACAUGAAUGAAGAAAAGGUGCUCAUUUCUGCGGAAAAUAUCUUCCACGAUAUUUGUACCUUGACCUUGAAUAAAAAUAUUGAAAUAGACAUAAUUCAAGAAGGGUUGCUGAAAAAGAUUAUGGAUGAUGAGGACUCUAAUAGUAUUCAGUUCGUCGAAGAGAGCUCAAAUACACAGGGCGAUUUAACAAAACUUAAUGUACAUUUGAAAGUAGGCGACAAAAAUUGCACUUCAAAGAAAAAUGAAUUUAGAUAUUUAGAUAUUCAUAUUAUCAUAGAUUUUAAUAAAAAGAAAUUAGGUUACAGUAUAGACAAUUCAAAUAUUCAUAAAUGCUAUCACUACAGAAUAACAAUUAUGCUAGAUCAUAUAACACAAGGAGGGCUCACAUUUAAGGAUAGUAUUUUAUAUAUAUAUAAUGGAAUUAAUGAUAAGAAUUCCAUGAUUUGUUAUUGUUUUCAAGAUGCAAAAAUUGUUGAUAAAAUACUAAACGGUAACGGAUCAAACAAUUUAAAUACACGUAAUAGGGAUGAUAUUAAACAAAGUAUGACAUUUUCCACAUCUGACAAAUUCGAAAAAAAUAUGAAUUGGUACGAGCAAAAAGAUAACUUAUUUUUACAUAAAAAUAAAUAUAUAGAACAGUUAAAAAGAGCUCCCAUUUCGUACUCUUUUGAACAAAACAUUAUCUUUUCAAAUGGUUUAAAUGAUGAAUCGGAUGAAAACAAAUUGCACAAAUCGUCUCAUUUGAAGCAUGCAAAAAGAGAUUCUUCGAGGUGCAUAGAACCAUAUGUAGCGGGUGACUUAUUAUCAUCGAAUAAAGAGCACGGUGGGGAGGAAUUGAAGGAAAUAAAAAAAGAAUACAAUAUUUUAAAUGGGGAAGCAAAAAAAAGCUUCAGUGGUGAAGUGGGGAUUGUAAAGGGGACCAAAAAUGGGACAAAAAAAGAGAAAAAAAAAGAGGCCAAAAAGGGGGACAAGAAGGAGACAGAAACUGGAACAGAGAAAGGGAGAGAAAAAGCAAAUGUCUUUAGUCAACGCGAACUAUCUGAAAAUGGAGACACAGGAGCAGAAGUGGAUGUAGUAGGAGCAGUUAAACAAGAGAAUGGAGUAAACACAGUAUUUUCAAUGAAGGAUAUGGAAGAAAUUAGUCAUUUUCUUCAAGAUGAUUUUAUGAACAAAAGAGGUAAAGGAGGAAAUGCACUAAUUAUAGGUAGUAGGGGAGGAAAAUACAUAAGAGAAGAUGAAAAUAGAAAAAAAAAAUUUAUGAAAAUUAUGGAUGAAAAUAUCCCAUUAACAGUUAUUUUGUCAGAUAAGGGGAAUGAUAUAUGUAAAGAACUAAUUAACAAAUAUUCGAGAUAUUAUCGGGAUUUUGUAGAAGAAAGGGUUUUAGGUUGUGGUGGAUUUGGAUAUGUGAUGAAGGUUAAAAAUAAGAGAUUUAACAUUUCUUAUGCAUUGAAAAAAAUAACUUUAUGUAGUACGAAAAAAAAGGCGUAUUCUUAUCCAAAUUCCAGUAGUGAUAUAAUGAAUGAAAACAAUCGUUAUAUAAUGGAAGAAGCGAUAAUGAUUGCUAAAUUACAACAUGAAAAUAUUGUAAGAUAUUAUGAUGCAUGGGUUGAAAAUAAUAUAGAUUAUUAUCUACAUAAUGAAAUAGAAAAUAAUUAUGAGCAUAUCAGUAAGAAGAAGAGAAAUUAUGCACAUUAUAUGGAAGAAAUAAUAAACAUGCGUCAUUAUUAUGAGGAAAAAAAAGGAAUUGAUAUUAAUGAGAAAUAUUUAUAUAUACUAAUGGAGUACUGUCCAGGGAAAACGCUUAGAGAGGCUAUAGACUGUGGAAUUAUAUAUAAAAAUGAGAAACUCAUAUGGGAGUUGAUAAAGCAAAUUUUGAAAGGAUUGCACUACAUACAUGAUAUGAAAGUAAUGCACAGAGAUAUAAAACCGUCUAAUAUUUUCCUCCAAAUAAGUGAUAAUGUUUUAACAGCCAAAAUUGGAGAUUUUGGAUUGACCACACGAAUUGAUAAUAACAAUAAUAACAUCAAUCCAUCUGCAGGAACAGUAAAUUAUAUAUCUCCUGAACAAUUAAAUGGGGAAUAUGUGGAUCAAAAGUCUGACAUUUUUUCAUUAGGUGUUGUAUUUUUCGAAAUGUUUCAUGAACCAUUUUCUACUCUCAUGGAGAGAUCCAUAGUUUUGUCCAAUUUGCUUAAAGGAAUAUAUCCUGAAUAUAUAAAAUCUGAUCAGAAAAAUUUUCAAUUUUUAUCCAAAUUAUUAGCAAUAAAUCCAAAAGAGAGAUCUUGUGCCUAUUCCUUACUACAUGAAAAUUUUCUUUUUUCCUUUGAAAAGGAUUUUACAGAAAUUUAUAAUUUAGUAGAAAAUAAAGGAAAUUGUGAAGAAGUUCAUACUAUAAUUAGUACCCUGUUUGAUAAAACUUAUAAUACUAAAGAAGAAGAUGUGGUUAAAAAAGAAGACAUGGUAUCUUUUCAAAGUGCAAAAAUGUUUAUUGAAGAAUCUGACAUGAAAAAAUGUAUAAAAAAGAAAAUUAUAAAAUCUCUUAAAAAGAGAGGAGCUGUUUUUUUAAUUACUCCAAUUAUUUUACGUAAUAGAUAUUAUAUAAAUCCAGAACAUAGUUAUGUAGGUGAAUCUAACUGUUCAUAUAACUUGAACAAGAAAAAGGACAUUAAAACAUCAAACAUUUAUAUUAAUACUAAUAAAAAUGAUGUAGAAAGUUUAGUAUAUUUAUUAGACAUAUAUGGAAAUAGUAUCACCCUACGACCAUCUUUUUUUUUCGCCUUUGCUGAAUAUAUAUAUGAAAAUAUUGGGUGUUACAAUAAGUAUAAUGAAUCCACUUUCUUUUUAAAAUUUUAUGCGAAUGGAUAUACAUAUAAAUAUCCAAUCAUAAAAAACAAACCAUCUAAAAAAGUUAUUCACACAGCAAUUUAUCCAGAAGAAAUAGAAAAAAUAUUUUAUUGUAUUCUAAUUAGUUCCAAAAAUUUAUAUGGUCAAGAAGAAUUAAAUUAUCUUUCUAUAUUUUCCAAUGCAGACAUUUUUGUAUCUGUUUAUACAUUAUAUAACCACAUAUCAUGUUUUAAUAAAUUAUUAUUUAUAUGGUCUUAUAUUGAUUUACUUCCUCUAAUACUUAAUGAAUGCUUAGACAUACCAGCCGAUAUAAGCGAAGAAAUGAGUAUUCAAUUAAAAAAAAAUUCGACCUUACUAGCUAAUAAAUCUUCCAUAAUGCCCAUACUACAAAAAUUUAAAAUAAAUAAUAAUAACCUCCCAAAAAUAUGUGAUUUUAUUUAUACUUUAUUUCAACUAAAAUGUGAAAAUGGUAAAGUGGAAGAAUAUUUAAGUGCUUUGGAUACAUUUAUAUCCGAUUUUUUAAGCAAGAAGGCUGGUGAUCAUCUCCCCUCUAAUAUAACCUCUUGUACUAUACAUGGGGAUAAGACGAGCGUAAAUUAUGCAAUCAGUGAUAACAUCACAGGUGGGGCCAGUAUUAGUGCUAAUCCUAGCGGUAAUGUUGGUACCAGUGAUAGUGCUAGUAGUAGUGCUACCUGCACUUGUCAUGCUAGCAAUAUUGGCAAUGUCGGCAGGAAUUACAGCCCAAUUUCUAGUACAAACCAUGCAGCUAGUUCACCACUCAGGGCAAAUGACACAUCUGCUAAAAAGGUACAUAUUAUUCUAAACGAGAAAACGAACACUAAAGCAGUGAAAAAUGUAAGAAGCCAUUCGCUAAUAGAUAUAGUAAAAAAAAUUAAUAGUUUUAUAGGAACAAGCACAAUGAUAGAAAACACUUGUUUUGAUUUAUUCCUAAAUUACGAAGAAAGUUUGUUUUCAAAUGAAAUUAUAUUUUAUGUUAUCGCUGAGGGAAAGAACAGAGAUAUAAUAGCAUGUGGUGGAAAGUUCGAUAAGGUCCUUCAGAAUAUGAAAAAUGGUGCAGAUCGUGGAGGAGCAAGGGGAAGUAUAGACAGCAGCAAUGGGGGAGCUAUGGCUAAUCAUAUGAGAGAAAACAUUUGCAAUGGCAUGAGCAAUGACAUGAGCAAUGAUAUGAACGAAAACAUCUUUAAUGAUGGGAGCAAUAACAUCUGCAGUGCAGUGGACUUUGAUACCUGGAACGUGCUAAACUGUGACAUCAAAGAUGAUUGUACUGAUUUUAAAUUAUUAAAUAUGAAAGCAUAUGGAGUUGAAAUUUUUGUAGAAAAAAUAUUUUUAAAAGUAAUCGAAUCAAAUGAGAAAACACCAAUUAAUGUUCCAUCAACUGCAGCAUCUGAUAAGACGCAGAUUUUUAAAAAUUUUUUAUUAUCAUCUGAUCAUCAGAAUAAUUUCUCUUGUUCAACUAAUUUAAUUCAAUUCCCCGCUAGCAAUUGUUCAUUUAGUUAUUCUUCUCCCAAGGUGCUUAUUCAGGUAUAUAAAAUGGCAGUCCUUCUAAUAGCUUAUGAUUUGUCCAAAAAGUUGUUAGAUAAAAAUAUUCCUUCUUAUAUCUAUUUUUCGAUUAAUAAUGCAAACACGAAAAAAAAAAUCAAAAAUUUUAAGCCACACAAAAUACGCUUCAUUAUCUCAAUCAAGUCAUUCGGUAAUGACGCUUCUAUUGAUAUUCAUAAUCCAGUAAAUAUUAAUAACGUCACUUAUAAGGUUUUUAAUUCGAAAAAUGAAGAUUGUAAUUUUAUGCAGCAAGAGGAGCUAAUAAAUUAUUUAAUUAAAAAUGUCUAG